AUGCUUUUUGCAUUUUUCUCACCUCUUUUGAUGGGUGGAGUGAUUCUUCCUUCUCGGGUAAUAGGUCUGCAUCUGGUCAAGAGAAAUUAUCUCGAAAAUGUGACAGUGGUACUUCUCUCUGAGAUUUUUUGUGGUGUUCAUGAUUUGGCUCGGGCAAUAAAUUACUUUGGAGAUGAACACGGGUGCCCUGUCAUGUCAAUUCCCCGUAGCACUGCAAUAAGCUUGCUGUUUGGUGUUGAUAGUUUUCCAGCACAACUAGCCUGCCUUCGUUUCCAUUCAUCGGUAUUUAGUCAGCAUUGUGAAUAUUCACCGUUCCCUGCAAUAUCUAACGACCAAGAUUUCAUAUCUGAGCUCGAAAUCCAAAUUCCUAACACUUUUGAUCCAUUCACGGAUGCAAAUUCUGAGAACUCAGGUGCAGGGGCAAAGGAAUAUGUGCAUGUGCGCGUACAGCAACGUAAUGGUAGGAAGAGCCUUACGACUAUUCAGGGGUUGAAAAAGGAGUUUAGCUACAGCAAAAUAAUAAAGGACCUCAAGAAGGAAUUUUGUUGUAAUGGUACAGUUGUCCAGGUUCCAGAAUUGGGCCAGGUUAUUCAACUUCAAGGCGAUCAGAGGAAGAAUGUGUCUACUUUCCUUAUUCAGGCUGGCAUUGCAAAGAAGGAACACAUAAAGAUUCAUGGUUUUUGAGCAGCGGUAACAGGUCUAGCACAUUGAUGUUUAUAUGGUAGCCAUUUUAGCUAAAACUAACUGAUACGGUUAUAUGCUUGUGGCUGUGGCCCUUCUUCUUAAUAUUUAUCAAUAUUUGUUUUAUUGAAACUCAAAAUUUUUUCUGAACUGGUUGAUCUUAUAUUCUGUGUCGAAGCCACCUCGACGGAGCCAGUAUCUAAGGGUUUCAUAAUGUUAAGGGCAAUGGAUUAGUGAUAACCUGCUCUACCUUGAAUUCUGGUAUCAAGGCGAAAAGGUAACAAACUGCAGGGAUAAUGGCUCCUAGUUACAAAUUCUGGUGGUGCUAAUAUUGAGGGAUAUUUUCAGAUAAAUGGAUCCUCGAGUAUAUAUAUGUUUGUAAAAUAACUUAUGGGAAAAAGAUUGAGCACUAGAACAAAGAGCAACUUGAAUUUGCAAUUUGAUUUUACAAGCUUGAUCUCUGAUGCAACUUUUUGCUCUAAGAUUAUCCAUGGUCGGCUCUUGUUGAUCAUGAUUCAAUUCUUUAAUAGAGCUGGAGAAGUCUCAAUUUUUUUGCUCAAUGCAAGAAGUAGCUUCUGGAUCAAAAUUUGGCCCUUGAAAAACGCGGAUCGAAGGUAGCCGAAAGGAGAAGACAGCGGCGCCAAAUGAUACGGUCCAAGGACUUACUGGCAGCUCGAGUUCAGUCUGUUCAGCUUAAUUACUCAUUAUUUACGAGUCAUUUUCAACAAAGCAGUUCUUUCAAUUACUUCAGCUAGCGUUAUCUACUAAUCCCAUUAUCCAGAAUCUGCAAUCGUACAGCGUGUUUCAAUAAAAAAUGACUAGGAACACUUAAUUUUAUUUAAACAACUGUUCAUGAUGAUAGUUGUUUCAAAAACAGAAAAACAUACUUUUAUUUAAACAACUGUUCAUGAUGAUAGUUGUUCCAAAAAAAAACCAGCAAAUGUACUUGUUUUAUAACCGUCAACUAUGUAAAUCGUAUCGGCUUCAAGAUCUUGGCAUAAUUCGGCUUUGGAAAAGGUUCACUAACUAUAUUAGUGGAAAAGAAUCUCACUUUCUCUGAUGUUUAGUCUCCUUUCAAAAAGUUUAUUCAAGAAUACUCGGAUUUGUUCUUUGACAAUCCACUAGAUUUUACAGGUCACUUUUCAUUAAAUAUCUAUGAAUUACACAAAAAAUGUAAAGCUUUGUCUAAGUUUGUUGGUGUUAGACUGUUAGCUUCAGGUCAUCGAACCCAUCUGAACCAUAGGAUCAUAUGCUUUUUCACAUAUCAAAACAGAAGAAACAGAAGACGAAAAUGGGCCAAUAUAUUAUUUUCCGAUCAAUAUCUCAUUGAUGGUGCUUUUGAAGCAUAUAUUUACCAGCUCCAUUGGCUAAUUAUGAACUUGGAUAGGAACAUUUCACCAACUAUACGCGAAACUUCAAGGUAACUAUCAUAUCAUUAUAUUUUGGUUGGGUUCCUAUCUAUCUGGCUCCUGGUACAAGUCUACAACUAUCCAAUAUAAAACUGGCCACCGGUAUUGACGCCAGUUAAAAAGUAGUAAUUUAAGAAUUACAAUGAACCAUUAUUCUCAUGCUCCAACCCACCGUUAAAGAGCUCUGACAAAUUGAUAGCCAAUGCAAUUGCAAUCUCUAGAAUCUAAUCAUGCUGUGUUAGCAAUUGGGUAACUUGAAAUGAAAUAAAUAUAUUUAUAUUAGGCCACGGAUGAACAGAGAUCAGGUGAUAAUUCUAAUCAUUAAUAUAUUCCGUUUCAUAUGAUUUAUAAAUUGAAAUAUG